CUUGGUGGUAAACAAGACGGAUUUUUCCUAAAUUUUUAGUAAUUUUCUUAGCAAAUCACGCUCUAAAGCGUGCCAAAACCGUAGGAUUAAGGCUGUUCUAGCAUAUAGUUCAAUUUUACAAUCGUGUCUCCAGAGCGUGUGGGUUUGUGAGAAUGAAAUCGCUGGAAGCAAUUCACAGUUUCCUUGUUUUGGUAGUGCUGUUAGGAUUAGACAAUGCCCAUUGCCAAAGAAUUAAGGACAAUAUGUACACCCCGAUCAGCGGGGCGCACUGCUUCCGGCGGUUAAACGGGACACACGUCACCGGUUGUAGCUCUAAGCUGGGCGGAUCAGUGGGCGUAUUGCACUUCAUCCGAUCGGAGGCGGAUAUCGAUUUCGUGGUGCGACAGCAUCCUGCCCCACCUUAUGCACCGGUCAUUACGCCGCAUCUGUUCACGAGGGAAAAUAUUCUACGGCUACGAGACCAGGGUGGACGGCACGUGUCUGCAUUGGUGCUGAUAAACAAUGCAACCGUGUUGCAACAGUUCAGUCAGGAGUCACGGUGCCCCAAUCAGUUCAGUGGGCUAAUCAGUGGUGAAGGGCAAGAUACUUGCAGCACAGAACGCGAGGAAGGCACCUGGAAUCCAUGGGGAACGGGAUUGCUGUUGGAAGACUUCCCAUUUCCCAUUUACUACGUGGCCGAUCCGGAUGAGAUCGAUAAGUUGUACGAUUGCUUUGAGAAGUUCAACAACUACGAUUUGGAGAAUCAGCACAAGAGGAGUCUGUGCAGCAUUGAGGUGAACGCUUUCAUGUCUGCGGCAGUAGAUACGAGGGUUUGCUUGUCUAGGUCGACACUUUUCAAUUCGCUGACGCCGGUCAAGUUUUGUGAUCCGCUGCAGGGCAAGAACGUAUUUGCUACGCUGUUUCCCCGUGUUCUCGUCAAGCCCGAGGAGCGAAAAGUGGAUCCAAGCGAGAGAAUAAUCCUGGUGUCAACCCGGAUGGAUACGACGACGAUGUUCGAUGGGAUCGGUCUGGGGGCUAUGGAUUCCCUGUUGCCGUUUACAGUUCUGGUUUCCGUUGCACAUUUCUUGGCAAAGGUCCUGCCGGAGAGAGUGAAAUCCUCCGACCCCAAUGUACUGUUCAUGUUCUUCAAUGGGGAAUCGUACGAUUACAUCGGAUCGCAACGAUUCGUGUACGAUUUACAGAAAGGAGCUUUCCCUACCAAGGGUAGCCUUACGAAUCCUAUAUCGAUGGAAAAUAUUGACCUGAUGAUCGAUCUUGGCACGAUGGAUGACCUCAAUAAGCUUCGGAUCUAUAACGCGUCCGAUAUAUCAGCAGUGUCUGAAAUAGCACAGAUGAUUAAACGAAUCAAUCUUUCAUUCCGAUUCAACAUCCAAGCGGAAGGUCCUAUUUUGACGAAAAACUUACCUCCGGUGUCAUCGCACUCAUUUCUGCGGGAGAAUGCUUCAUUCCCGUCGAUAGUGCUCACAUCGGCACCAGAAAAUCGAUUCUAUCAUUCAAUCUACGAUGAUACGGAAAAUCUCAAGUACAUUUAUGGCAAUCAUUCGAAGGAAAACGAUUUCACCCAACUGGAAGAUCUGUCCGAAGAAAAUGUUCUAUUUGGCCAGGACUCUAUCCAGUUAAGGCUGCGAAAUGUUUCUUCCCUUCUGGGAAUGGUCAUUUAUGAGCUGAUUACGGGUUCGCCGUACGCUCCUCGCUUCGGGACCAAUAGCGUGCUGAUUGAUGAAUUUCUGUACUGCUUCCUGCUGUCUGCCGAUUGCCCAUUGUUCCAAGCCGCCAUUAAGCCCGACUUCCCAAAAGCAUAUCCCGUGCCUCCGGUACGCUACAUCAGUGUUCACUCUACUCUCCCUUCUGAGGCAUCCGGUUGGACCCAUCGUCUGUUGGGCCUGCUGGUCGGCCAGAAAGUGGACAAGAACACCAAAGCCGAAUGCCAGGCUCUGCACUUCCCAUACAACUGGUAUGCGGGCUAUUCGGGCCUAGGAGAGUGCCGUUGGACUACACAGAAUUUCACCCAUGCCCUUUCGCCGGCAUUCCUGGACGAUGAUUACGAUUUCAAAUCGCACCGUUACUCAACGUGGACGGAAUCCACCUGGCGAGAGAUGUCAGCCCGCAUCUUCCUGCGACCCUCGGCAUCGCACGAAACGCUAACCCUCUCCAUUGGGUUCGUCGUAAUGGUUAUCUCGUUCGUACUGGUGUUUCUCAUCAACAGUCGAUCAGACGUUUUGUUCAACCAGAGUUCGUCGACCAUACCAAUAACGCCACCAACACAGUGCUAAUUGCUAUAAAGCAAUAGUUUGCCGACUGAUGUCUGAGAUUGUCGCUUCAUCAAUUCCCCGUUCACUUUACCCACUCACCCCUUAAACCGUCCCAUCAUCUCAGGCCUACAUUCUACAUACUCAUUCAAAUUGGAUAUCUCACCCUGAAGCAUUGCUUAACAUUAUACAUUUUACUGCUUACUAAUUUUUAUUCCAAACAUCAAAUCAUGGAUAGUGUGUAAGAUUUAAAAGUGAGAGAUAAAUUAUUGACCAAAU